AUGUCGUUUCUCAAAGUGUCCUCAUCAAAGACACCAAGUAAGGCUUUUCAAUUAAAUGAGGCCGAGUUUGAGGAUGAUCCCUAUAUGGCCGAGAAAGUAAAGUCUUUGAAGGCAGCUCAGAAAUUAGAAGAGCAGUUUCAAAACUCGUAUCAAAAUAUUGCUUGGAUGCGGAAAGCGAUUGAGGAGGAGGAUAUGAAACGAGAGAUGAUUCAUCAUCAACAAGCACAAGACAACAAGUUGAAUGACAGCGAUGAAAUCGAGAAUGAGGGAGAGGAAUUAGAAAUAGUGGAGGACGAUCAAAUCACAGAUCAAUUAGAAUUUACUUUGGAUGAUAUACCCUUUCCAGCGAAUACAGGUGUCCCAAUUCAUGAACGCUUAUUAAAUUUUGGCUCGAGUCUGUCACUGAAAUUGGAAAUGAUGAAAAAAGCGAAAGAGGAAAAAGAAAGUGAGUCAGCAGCGCCUCAAAUUACAGACAUUGCGAAACAAAUUAAACGAAAGGGAUCAGUGGAAAAUCGCUUAAUUCAAUCGAGAGAUGAACUUAAUGCAAGAAUCGAAGAGCUUCGAUUGAAAAAAGAAAAACAAGAGCUUGAGGAGUUAAGAGGACCGAAGAUUAACAAACGAUCCAAGCUUUUGAAAAGAGAGGAACCAACCAUUGAAAGAUUAUUGGGGUAUAGAGAGCAAACACUUGCCAAAAGAGAAAUGAUUAAACAUCAAAUUGAAGAGAAGCAGCAACAAGAAAUAACAAGCAAACCCCAAAUCAACAAAAAGUCACAAAAAUUAAGAAGAACUUUGGACGCAAUGUCCCAGUGGGAAAAGGAGAGAAAUUUAAAAACUGAGCAGUUGCGGAAUGAAAUUAAAAAGCAGGAAGCUGAGCGACUGCAAAACCCAAAAAUUAACCCCAUCAGCGAAAAAUUGGUGUCACAAAUGGACAGAGGGCAAGAUAUUGGAGAAUAUCUCAUUCAAAGAUAUGAACAAAAGAAGUUGGAAAAAGAGAUGAAGAAAAGAAUGGAAAAAGAAAAAGAAAGUAUUGAGGCCAAGCCACAAAUAUCAAUACACUCGGCAAAUUUGGAAAGACAGGGAGUUGUGUUCGACAGAUUAUACCAAGAUAGCUUGGAAAAAGAGAAUAAGAGGCGAGAGCAGAUUGCUCAAAUAGAAAAUCAGAUCAAUCACGGUAUUGAUCCAAAUACAGGACUUCCUCUUCAUAAUCCAGUGAUUAAUCCUCGAUCUGCCUUAAUGGAGAGAGAGGAACCGGUUGAAGAAAUCCUUCUGAAAAAGAAAGAGGAAAGCGAGAGAAAGAAGAUGGCCUUGGUGGAGAGAGAACAAAAAGUAUUAGAAGCUCAUGGAAGCAAAGUUGGCGCAUACAGCCAAUUGUUGGUUGAGCUGUUGGAGAGAAGAACACAAACUUCUACCAUGGACCGUUUAACACGUCAGCCAAAGAAACAAGAGCCAAGCAUUGCACAAACCUAUUCAUUCAAACCACAUAUUAAUCAAACGUCCAGGGAAAUGGACAAAUCAAAAAAUCAUGGAACACCUCGUCAAGAAGUGCUGCUUCGAAAAGGGUUUGAAUACGAAAUGCAUAAAAAAGAAAUUGAGCAAAAGAUUAAGGAAGAGGAAGAAGAAUCAUUUUCACCUGUUGUUUCCACAAAGAGCAAGAGCAUGAAAACUCCAAAGGGUUCUGUCAUUGAUCGGUCAGCAGAUUGGAUUAGAAAGAAGGAGCAAAAAAUGGAAUCAGAGAGAAGACUUAAAGAGUAUAAAGAAGCAGAGGCAUGUACAUUUAAACCAAAUGUCAAGAGACUGGAUGUGAGUCAUAUAGCACCAUGUGAAUCCCAUUUCAAAACGAAAGAAGAGGAGUCAAGUUAUGCCGCUGCUUUGAAGAACAGAGAGCAAUUAAAGCAAAAGGCAACCACACCUAGACAGGAAAGUAAAAAGCCAAGAGUUAAGGACGACAAUAAGUAUGCAAAUGAAACGAAGAAGGAGUCUUGCAGUAAUCCAAGCACAGUUUCAAGCAAUUCGAAUACACAGUCACAGACUUGGGCCCAACAACGACCAAAGAGCCGAGGCUCUACCUAUUCUGCCAAACUUGCUAAAGAUUCAAGCGGGCACCCAGUAGAGCCAGUCAAAGACGCCCCUCAACCUCAACGACUUACCUACCAACAAGAGAAGCAGCCAAAUCACAGGAACCAACAACAUCAUCCUUCAUCUGCUCCCUCUCAAAAUCAUCGGUAUGAUGAGCUUGAAGAGAGUGAAAUUUAUGACACUAACGAAAUUGUUUAUGAAGACGUGGAUCCAGAACUGGAGUUUGAAGAGCUCAAGCGACUUGUGGAAAAAGACAAAGGAAAGAUCAAGUCACAAAUUUCCAAAGCUCUUCACGUAGAGACCUCGAAUAAUAAGAGUCAUCGAUUGCCAGAGUCACCUUCUAUACGAGAUUUGUUGGACUCGCAGUCGACCCUCUCUGAGCUAUAUCGACUUUCCAAUGAGAAAGAAUCUUUGAAAGAAGUGGAACGAAAUAUUCCCUCUAGCUUAACACCCCAGGCCUAUCAACUCAUAACAGACAUGAUUCGAAAAUCUAAAAAGGGAUGA